AUGUACAAAGCUUUCAGCAAACCUCGAGUGUUGAUUCGAAGAAGGCCAUCAACGUCGCGAACUACAAACGUGAUCGAAAGACUUAAGUUUCAUACUUCAGAACCACGAAGAUAUGCUGAGCCAGAUAGGAAGAGGAGGAUGAGGAGGAGGAAGGAAGAGAUGAGGACGAGGACGAGCGAGGGUAAGGAUGAAUAUAAGGAAGAAGUAAAUCAGGCGAAGAAUGAAUGA